CAGGAAGGGGCGGGGCCCGGCGGGGUGGCUCCUCCCCCCCGCCCCCCGGGUUGCGUGCAGCGCCCGCAUGGAGGGGGCCGUGCGGGUGCGCGCGGGUGCCUCCAAAUGGGACAUCCGGGAGCAGGUGUGGGACUACCUGGAGGCCAGCGGCCUGGCGGCCUUCCCGCGGCCCGUGCACCGCCGCAUCCCCAACUUCGAGGGUGCUUCCCAUGCUGCAACAAGGCUUCUGGGUUUACAGGAAUUCAAAGCUGCCAAUACUGUAAAAAUAAACCCUGAUGCUCCCCAGAAGAAUGCUCGCUUUCUAACCCUGGAAGCAAGGAAGACACUGUUGGUUCCAACACCACGUUUGAGAACUGGGCUGUUUAAUAAGAUUGUUCCACCUUCAGGUGCAACUAAGGAGAUUCUGCGGAUAUGUGCUACAUCUCAAGGUGUGAAAGACUACAGUGUGCCUAUAGGUCUUGAUGGGAAAGCACGAGUGGACUUGGUGGUUGUAGGAUCAGUGGCUGUUUCUGAAAAAGGCUGGAGAAUUGGAAAAGGGGAAGGUUAUGCAGACAUGGAGUAUGCAAUGAUGGUGUCAAUGGGUGCAGUCCAGAAGGAUACACCUGUAAUUACUAUUGUGCAUGACUGCCAGGUUGUUGACAUAGCAGAAGAGCUUCUUGAUGACCAUGAUUUAACAGUAGAUUAUAUACUCACUCCAACAAGAACUAUCAAGACUAACUGCCAACGAUUGAAACCACAGGGAAUAAUAUGGCAUAAGGUCAGCUAUGAGAUGCUGGGAAAAAUCCCCAUCCUAAAGAGUCUUCGAUACAGGGAGAAGCAGGCAGGCAAAGAUGUUACCCUCAAAGAUGAACAUCCAGACUUGGCAAAUGCCGACAAAUCAGCAGCGUUAAAUGAGAAGGCAAUGGCUGAAAACACAAGACUGCAGGCUGCAACAGGCUCGGCUCAAAUAGGACAACAAUAUGUUGAAAGAGAUUCUUUAAGUCCCAGAUUAGAGGGAUCUGGCAUGCUUACUACUGUGUAUGUGGGGAAUAUACCUCCUAGUACAAGAGUGAGUGAGCUGAAAUAUGCUUUAAGGGAAUUCCAUGCAACUCCUUUACGACUGAAUUGGCAAGGAGCACAGCACAGGGCUUUUCUCGAUUACAAGGAUAAAGCAGCCGCGGAGAGUGCUGUAUCCUCUUUGAAAGGCUUGAGCCUCGGGGGCAAUACUUUGCGAGUUGAGCUGGCCAAGAAUCAGAGAAACAAAGGGCAAGUAGAAAUCAAUAGUCAGAAAUGAAUAUGAAUAGGGGAAAAAAAUAGGCAAGUUUUCAUUGUUUUGCGAGAAGCCAGCCUAAGUUUUCAAGGAUAUUAGUACAUCCUCUGAUUUCUGCAGGCUGAACAAUGAAAUGCAAAGCCAACUUUUCGAACAAAUGAGGCAUAGAUAUAACAGCUGACUUGCCUGCCCGGUUCCUGCAGUUGCGUGUGCAAAGUGUAUUUACAAAGAUGGAUGACAGAGGGGCCACGUCUCUAAACGGUUAUCCACAAAGUAACCACACUUUGUGCUUUCGUCUUCCGUUGGCAUUGGGUUGCUUUGCCAUUCCGUGUGUUCAUUUGUUAAGCCUGGAUCAAAAACAUGCCCUUUGGCAGCUGUGUGCACCACAUGUAGUGGCACCUACAGAGUGCAUGUACACAUUUGUACCUGUGAGUUUAAAAGUCAGCAGCUGAAAAUGUGUUUCCAGGAUUACAGUUUUGCUUGCUAGGAAAUGGGUUUUGCCUUUUAGAAGUUUUCAACAUUUUUUCUUAACAUAAAAAUGAGGUGGGAGAUUCCCAUUUUUGUGCUCUUGAAGCAUUUUGAAACAUUGUUUCUACAUAGCUCAACCACUGAGUCCUGGUAAUAGCUAUUAACAUCAGGUAUAAAAGAGUGUAGCCCUUUCUCAGGAUUCUUACCUUAAUUCAACCCUCUCUAAACCUGUACAUCUUAUUUCAGUCUGGGAGAUGAAAGCAAAUACCAAUUUUAUUCCCUACCUUUCCCCAAAACACUUUAGGUGCAUUUUUCAUGGAUACACAGAAUUAUAAGCUAGAUACUUUUCCUGAUUGUUGUUUUAUAAUUUGGUGCAACUUCAUUGCCUUGGUGAAAUUACAUUAAUAUAAAGUUGUUGUAGCAGAGAUGAAAAGCAGACAGACCAUGGUCAAAACUAGUCAGGUACUGGGUUGUUUGAAAAGUUGCUGCAGAGAGUAGCAAAGCUUAUUCUUGUUGUGCCUUUGUGACCACCAGUGUGGUCUUUCUGCACCCACAAAAUCAGAGAGUGGUGAGUGUUAGAGAGUAGCACCAGAAAGCUUUCUUUAUAGGGAAGCGCUAGCUUGAACAGUAAGACUUGUGCACACAUGAUUAUUCACUUACAGAAUAAAGCAGAAUCAUGAUUCAUUUUGUAUGGCUUUUAUUAUAUUUUUUUUUCUUCAGUUCCCUAUUCCUGAAAAACAAGUUGAAUUUUGGCUGAACCAUCCUUUCUAAACAGAAGCACUUUUGCCAUUGAUGCUGGGCACAUAGUCAAAAUAAGCAUCUAAAUGGAUUUUUUUUUUUUUAAAGUAUGAGUUGGAAACAUUUUUUUUAGUCAGAGGGUACUGUUAAGUAUAUUUUAAGCACGUUAGUAUGCCUCAAGGGUCAGACAUUUCGUACAGUAUUAAAUAAAAUGUUCUCAGCAUUAUCAUGUGCUCUGGGCACAGCGGCUCAAGGAAAGCAUUGCUUCAACUUCUUGUAAGGUCAACAAAGGAGAGCCUUCUCAAGAAAUACUGCUACGUUUUCAAAUGCUCUCUUUUCUUCCAGCUCAAAAUUAUUUCCAGUAUCACUUAGUCUGAAUUUAAACAUAAGCACUGCAGAGUCUUCUGUCUUGUUUCAGCAGCUGUGCACUUCAAGGGUAAGAGUUGGGUUAUGUUACCACUUGAACAGACUCAUUACAUCAUAAGCUUAAAAAGUGGAGAAAGGAAAAGAAAAAAUAAUCAGACAUCACCCCUUCUCCCACCAAAUGACUGCAAAUGAAGUAAUGUGAUCAUCUGAUAUUCUCUUUGACUCUUAUAGUACUGCUUGCUUUGGUGAAGAUGCCCAAGUGUGACCUUAGCAGUUAAAAAGUAGUUAUUCUGCCAAUGAAAACUUCCAUCAUCUCAAACUUCCCCUGUUGUAUUACAGAUUGAACCAGCCUGCUCUGGUCAAAUUUGCAGGAAUUCCUUACACUGCCUUAUUUCCUUUCUUAAUGCCUGAAGUUUCAAUACAGAUAAGAAUAACUGCUGUUGACCACUGGGGAGAAGAAUGGCUGAGGCAGAACUAGUCAGAAGAAAUUUAUAAGUGAGAAGUGCUUUGCAUUUAUGUGUUAACAUGCAUUUGAAUGUAUUUUAGUAUUUUUUUUUCAUGUUAAUCCUGGUACUGUAGCAAGUCUAUUUUUUGAUUGCCACAAACCACAACACACUGUUUAAGAUCAGCUGACCUCAAAAAGCAAUGAAACAGAGGAAUUAAUUCUGGCCUUCUUUGCCUUCUGCUAAUGUAAGGUUAUCAUGCACCAUGACUGUUACAUC